AAUGUGUGACACAUUGACGAGUGUUGUGGCAAAUGAUUGACUCAAUGUUUGUAUUGUUUGGACGCCAUGUUUGACAUCAUUUGCUUAAAUGUGCAAAACUUUUCUCAAUUAUCACCCAAAUUGGUCCCCAAUUGCGACAAUGGAUUAAUGUGAAGUCGACGACCAAUAGAUUUGGUGACCAAUUGGCCCCUUAGGGUCGUCAGUGAACUAAAUUGGGACAAAUAGUGUUUGUUGUGAUAGUUUGGUGACUUCGGUGGUCAUGACGUCUAAGUUGUCAUUCAGAGCGCGAGCUCUGGACUCUUCCAAACCAAUGCCUGUCUACAGGUCUGAGGAAGUGCCCGACCUUCCGGAGUACUCGGCCAUCAAUCGGGCAGUCCCUCAAAUGCCGACUGGCAUGGAAAAGGAGGAGGAAUGCGAACACCAUCUGCAACGAGCCAUUUCAGCCCAACAAGCCUUUGGACACACUGUCGAACACGUGAUCCCAACACCUGAAGUGUUCACGGCGUCGGAAAAAGAUUACGAUGAACUCUAUCCUCCAAACUAUAAGAUUUCCCGACAACUGAUUCAUAUGCAACUGUUGACUAUAGAGCAGGACAUACCUGAAUAUGAUAUGGAUUCUGAAGAUGAACAGUGGCUUAGUAUGCAACCUCAGGACACGGGCCUAACAUCACUCAAAUUUGAAGAAAUGAUGGAAAGACUUGAGAAAAGCAGCGGUCAGAAUGUGGUGUCACUUAAAGAGGCAAAACUAUUGCUCCAAGAAGAUGAUGAUGUGAUUACUGCUGUUUUUGAUUACUGGCUAAACAAGAGACUCCAUACACAACAACCAUUGAUUCCAAUAGUAAAGAGUGAGAAAAGAGACGGUUCUACAGGAAAUAAUCCAUACGUUGCCUUCAGAAGAAGGACUGAGAAAAUGCAAACUCGAAAGAAUCGCAAGAAUGACGAGACUUCUUAUGAAAAGAUGUUAAAAUUAAGACGUGAUCUGAGCAGAGCUGUAAAUCUAUUAGAAUUAGUAAAACAUAGGGAAUCUUUAAAGAGUAAACAUUUGAAGUUUUCGGUCGAUAUUUUUGAAAAUCGAUAUAAAAUCGGAGAUUUUAACGGCGCUAUUAUUAGUGAAGUGACUCAACUGCGGAAUAUACGGCCCGCACCCUACUUGUCAUUUAAUUUACAAAAUAAAAUAGUUGGUCGACCAAAAAUACCCAGAAAUGAAGAACAACCGCGUCGUAAACGAGAAUAUAAGCGCCGGCGACCAGAAACAGCUGCAGUUAGACAUGAAGUCGAACGCAAUGACUUUUCAUUUACUUCGGAUGAAGAGACAGGCAGUGUGUCACCCAUUGCUGAUCAACCAUCUGAUCAGGAAGAACAAGAAGAUCCUGAUGGUCAAUACGCUUUCAGAAGAAAGAGAGGUUGCAGUUAUGUGGCACCAAUUAUUGAUAAAUUUGGUGACUGGCCCUGGAGUUCUGCUAGCGAUUGUGGUACUGGGGAUCGUAGGUAUCGUUUUUGUUUGACAUCACUUUCCAAACCAACGCCUCGUUGUAUUGGUUUUACUCGACGGAGAUUCGGUAGAGGGGGACGAUUACAUUUUGAUCGGGCCUUCACUCCAUUUGAUCCGUUCUGGUCAGAACUCACCGAAAAUAAAAUUCCAAACGGGUUUCCCUCUAAGGAAUUGUUAAAUGAAAUACAAAAUGAUUGGUUACACUUUAAGCCGCGAUCACCACAACAUGAGUCAUCAAAUUUGUAUUUAUCAGAUAAUAACGAUAAUAAUGAAUAUGAUUCGGAAGGUAAUGUUAUUCCUGUGGUUUCCAUCACAUCCGUGAAAGAGUACAUCGACGACAACUCUAUUUCAUCAAAUAUAUUAAAUGGUUUCCAAAGUGAGUCCGAAUUGGAGACCAGUUUUAAUAGACAUCAACAAGAGUUAGCAGAAAUGCAAAGGAAACAAUUGGAACGACUGAAUAAUGUUAACCAUCAGACAGGAGAUGUGAUGACCAACACAGCCAAAAGUGUCACAACUUAUAAUAUAUAUAAUUCAGAUCAUUCCUCGCUUUCCAAAUUGAUUGCAUCUCCUCAGUCAUCGCCGUUAAGUAAGACAUAUAAAGGAUUGACUUCCGAUAAGACGCCGAACCGAACACCACAGCCUAUACUACAGCCCUCAACAUUAGAUACGGCAAGCGUUCAGUUUGCUGUUAGUGUUGUUUGUAGUGCUAGUGAUUUAACAUCAAAUGCAUCAUCAAAUGUGACAUACAAUCGGACACAAACUCACACCACAUGUGCUAACGACUCAUCCAAAGAGACUCAACUUAAUAAUUGCGAGACGAAGCCAUUUAUUAGUGACAAACAUUUGUUAGGAACAACUAACGGUCCCACCAUUUAUGACAAAGAUAUUUAUCGGAAAAUACAUAAUAAUGAACUAAGUUUGCCGUCCACACCAUCAUUAAGCACAUCACUAGUGGCUGCAGAGAUUGAGGCUAAUGACUCACUAUCACCAUUGACACCAAUGACAGGGAGUCCUAAUCCAAUGCCCAGUCCUCAGCCAAACACUUGUAAAAAGAUAUUUCGAAGCCAAAAGACAAACACUACAAUACCUCCGACUGAUGUCACGUGAAUUGUAAACUAAAUUAUAUAACAUUUCAUCAUUUUUUCCAAUUGAUAUGUCAUUGUCAGUGCUUGACAUUUGUUACAAACUUUCUAUAUUUUGAUUGUUUCAAAACCAGUCAUAAAUUGAUAGACUCAAUAUUACAUUGUUUUUUUGAUUUGUUAUCUCAUAAGCAUGACUUAAUCCAUAACUUCAUCAACUGUCCCACUGUUUAAAUGUCGCAGAUUUGCUCAAAAGGCAACAAUAAAAUUAUAAUACAAUAGUAACAACAACUACAACAACAACUAAAUUAAUAAAUUUUGACACAAUUAUACAAAUCUUUUAUAUAUAAAAUCCUCAAAUCAGUUGAAUUGCAAUCUUAAAUGUGUUGACUCAAAUCAUUAUUUUAGUAACUGCUGUGCAGUAAUGGUAUCACUAUAACAACAACACUCCCACCAAAAUCCCGCACUUCAUUCAUCCCAAUCCUUAUAUAAUAAUACUUAUAUGUAGUGAAUGAUUAUCAUUUCAAUUGAAAAUAAGUAACAAAAUUAAAGAUCGACACAAAUCUAUAUGAGAAGUCACCCAAUGUUUCAGUUUAUUAUAAUUGACUAUUUUAUGUUUUUAUUUCAUUAGUAACUAUACCUCAAUUUGACAAUAGUUUUUUGAAUCUAUAAAUUUAUUUAAAAAAACUAAUGAAU